GGCUGAUUGAUCGAUGACGUCACCAGGCUGGCGCUGCACGUGCACGCGCACGCAGGUGGACAGCGCAUCUCUCAUCAGUGACUGGAGGUUUUCCAGUGGAAAACAGAGAAAUGUUGGAAAUACAGAUAAUCAAGAUUGAAGAUCCUGGAAAUCUUUGGGGUCGGGUUCUGAAAGGGCCUGGCAUCCAUCCGGACAGGCCAGAGGAAUACGACAACCUGAGAGUUAAAAUGAACCUCUUCUACCAUGAGUUUGACCUGGAUGUACAGAAAUUAAAGCCUGCUGAACUCAAGGAGGGACUGGUGUGUGUGGUGUUCAGCACGGUUCUGAAGAGUUGGUGUCGGGCCGUGGUGGAGUCGCUCUUUCAGGGAACAGCGGGAAGCCAGGCCAUGUGCUUCUUGGUAGACUAUGGAGAUCACAUCAACAUCCAAACAGACGAUGUGAGAUCUCCUCUUGAGAAGUUCCUGCAGCUUCCCUUCAGAGUGAGACGCUUUAAACUGGCUGGAAUCCGUCCUUUGACGCUUCAAGUGUCCAUCUCCAAUGAGACGGCUAAGGUCGUUCCGUCUUCAGCGUGGGACAGCUCUGCCACAAAAUACCUGCACAACCUUCUACAAGUGUCCACACUGGUGGAAGCCGUUCUGUGUGAUACGAAUGCCGACUGCUCUUCUAUUGAACUCUAUCUGACUAUUAACAACACAAAGAUCUGUGUGAACCAUGAGCUGGUGGUGAAGAAGUUUGCAUGUUUCUGGAGUGAAACGUCCAGCAGCGAGGAAGGGGACGGAGACCGUGCACCUGUCCGUCUGGCGUGGGACAUCUACUCUAGUCCACAUCAGCUCUUAGAGAUGAAAGGCUGCUGCCCGGUCAAAGCUCCGCCGGCAGUAAUCUACGCCAGGAAAGAGAAGAAAGAAGGACCGCAGACAGAAAGGGGUCAACAUGAGCCACCGGUGAUGGAGGAAAUACAGCAGCCAUCUGUGAUAUAUAACACAGAUGAAUUCCCUGAGCUCACCCACAACGUCGGAUCACAAACUAUCGGUAGAGGCUGGCGUAUCCGAGCCGAGGCCACAGACAUCUACACAGAUGAGCCUACAGCAAGAUCACAAUUCAAGAAGUUUCUAGAGAGCAUUUCAGCUUCAAAACAGGUUCCUAAAAGCAGUCCUGAUGUAACAGACAGUGAGAACAGUUCUUCUUCAGCACCGGAUCCAGAUGACAGUGCAAGUGGGUCCUCUGAGCAGCAGGAUGAAGCAGUUCUCUCCCAAGAGCCCAGUCUGGAUGAUCAGCUCGCCUGCUCGAGACUUCUUCAGUUCCUGAACCCUGAACCACUAAAUCUACAUGAACAUCUUGAUAACAGGGUUGUGCGGUCUGAUCCGGGUCACGCCGGGGUUUUAGUGCACUCUGGUCUUCCUGUGAAUCCCUGCAGCAGUCUGACACGAGCCCCCAUCAGCGAACCCUUCAGAAAGUUCUUGCUUUGGAAGAAGUACAGCGGGCCGAACGUAGGCGAGAGUUACUGUUGGCCCUCUGUGGCGCGGGGUUAUGACACGGUUCUGGUGUCCCAAAGCGGUGACAGUCCGCUUUCAUACAUCCCUCCUCUGCUCAUGCACCUACAAACGGUAUCCGCCGUGUCCAACAUUGCCGCUCGCACUGGGCCGGUAGCUGUGAUCCUGUGUCCAGGCUGGGAGAAGGUUCAGACGGUCCUGGAUCUUCUAGAGGAAAGUAAAGCAACUCGCAACCUCCAUCCCACCAGUGUGCUUCUGGGCGUGGACCAGGACGAGACCAAAAAGAUCAAGAUCCAGAGGAACUGUCAGUUGCUAGUGACGACACCGUUCACCAUGAUCAGACUGCUGGACGCCCAGCGCUUCCUGUUCCUGAGACUCUGUCACCUCGUGCUGGACGAGGCGCAUGUUCUUUAUUCACAGGCUCCAGAACAGUUGGCAGUGGUCUUGAAGCACUUCCAGAAGGUUGUGUCUGCAGAGGAACGGGUCUCGUGCCCUAGACAGAUCAUCGCCGCGGGCAGCCGCUGGUGUCACGGGAUGGAGGGUCUGGUCAGGGACUACAUGAUCUACCCCUCUGUUGUCAUAAGUGUGAAGGAGGAGGCCGCGCUCUACGGCAAAGUACAUCAGACGGUUCACUUGUGUCUGGAUUGUGAGAAGAUCUCAGUGUUGCUCGGCUCUCUGGACCCGCACCCACCCAAACCUCAGAAGACCCUCAUCAUCACAAACACGAUAGAGGACACGGAGCAUGUGUACAAGGCAGUGGCCAACACUGCCAUGUUCACACUGAAAGCUCACGAAGACUUGACCGACAAGUUCGGCUUUGUGACUGACCAAUGGAGGAAAGACAUCGGCCCUGGAACACAAGUGGUUCUGGUGACCACCAACGACUGUCUCAAAGCUCUUGGUAUCAAGGACGCCACAUGUGUGGUGCAUUAUGGGUUUCCCAGCUCCCCCAAGCUCUUCGGCAGCCGCCUCUUCUGCAUGUCGGAGAACUUCAGAUACCUCUCCGAGGCGGAGCGAGGCGAGUGCUCUUCUCCAGCGGUGAAGUCUGUCCUGCUUCUGUCAGAGCAGAACGCCCGUCACGUGUGCGGCGUGUUAAGGUACCUGAGGAGAGCCGGAGCUCUUCUGCCCCCUGCACUCCUGCAGUUUGCUUUGGGUGUCCAGCACGCCAAGGAGGGACAGAAAGCUAAGAGACCCCUGUGCUGCUCUCUCAAGAGCUUCGGCUUCUGCAGAGACAACACAGCUUGUCCAGAUAGACACACGAUCAGCACCGCCCUGGACCGCCCACUGCACCCUGAUUCUGGAUCUGUUAUGGUUUUACCGCUGUACGUCAAGACGGCGAGCGUUUAUUAUGGCCGUAUUGUGAGGCAAAAGGAGAACGUUUUUGAGACUCUUGCGAAUCUGAUGAAGACACACUACAGCAACGCGAGACUCUGCGCUGUGGAGGUCGUGGCGGGGGAACUUUACGCUGUUCAAGAAGAGGAUCUUUAUCACAGGGUACGUGUGACUGAGAUCCUAGAUAAAGGAGAACGGUUGUUCGGCAGCGUCAUCGCCUUUUUCAUCGACGAGGGGCGCACACAGGAAGUGAAGUCACAUCAGCUUCUUCAGCUUCCGCCUCAGUUCCAGGAUUUGCUAGAGCAGGUGGUGGAGAUCAUUCUCUGCAGGGCUCAGCCCAUUGAUGGAGAGGUUGACUGGAACCCAAAGGUGACCAGAGCAAUCGGUCAGAAAAUCAGAGGGAAGAUGCAUCAGGCCAAGGUGGUGAUGUGUGUGGGCAAUACCGUGUGGGUUGAUCCAAUGGUUCACAUGACGCGUGUGCCGGGCCUGAAGACCUACAUUAAUGAGUAUAAUGUCCAUGCUGAGAUCUUGGCGUCUGGAUUCGGCGUCAAUAACCCACAACACUUGGAGCUGCUGAAGAGGGUUUUCCAUGUAGAAGAGAGCCCCAUCACACUGGAUCAACACCAGACUGACAGCCCCUCUGACCUGAACGGAUACUCAUCUUCAAACCAAUCCAGACCAACCAGUCCUGAAACGGAUAAUCAUCUAAAUAACGCUGAAGUCCUGAAUAUCAAGAACCUACAGACUGCUGACACACCAAAACACUUGAAUAAACCUGCCAUUGUCUCAUUCAAGCCAAGCAGUUUUCACCCACAGAUCAAAUGGUUUCAGAAAGGCCAGUUCAUCACUGUCAAUGUGAAACUCAUCAGUCCAGUGAUGCAGAAGUGUGAAUUUUCCUCCGACACGGUCAUCUACAGUGGGUACGUGAAUGAACGUCAUUACUUUGCGAAGCUUGAGCUGUUCAGUGACAUCAUGGCGGAGGAGUGCACAUGGGAAGUGAGGUGUAACGAGCCUGUGAUGAAGCUAAGGAAGAAGGAGAACACAGACUGGAGAACUCUUCUCAAACUCAAGAGUGCCUUUGUCAGCUACGAGUUUGACCACAUCGAUGACGCUGUAGUUCCUACAGUAAAUGGGCAUUUGUUCUUGGCGGAGGCGGGUGAGGAGGGAGAUUACGUUAGCUCCAGUGAGUGCUCCAGUGACAGUGAUUGAAAAGAACGAAGGCCAUAUACAAAAUGCAUUUGUAUUAGUUCUGGAAAAGGCGUUCUGUGUAACACUACACAAGAAGGUUUGAUUUGUUAACAUCAGAUAACUAUUCAUAAUGAAAUAACAAUAAACUUCAUUUCUUAAUCCUAGUUCAUAUUAAUUUCACCAUUAACUAAAAUGAAUCAAUGUUGUGGAGAUAUGUUGCUCACUGUUCAUGUUACUAAUGCAUUAACUUAUGUUAUUACAUGUGACUUUAUUGUGAAGUGUUAGCUGGUUCGGGUUAAAAUUGGUUAAUGCAUUAGGUAUCAUGAACUAAUAAUGGACAUUUUUACAGCUUUGAAGCGAUACUUCACCCAAAAAUGACAUUUCUGCCAUGAAAUACUCACCCUCUAGUCAAAGAUGCCUCAGAAUUGUCCGUUGCUAACAUUCUUCCAAGUAUCUUUAAUUGUGUUCAACCGAACAAAGAAAUGUAUACAGGUUUGGAACAACUACAUGCAAAUAAUUUAUGACAGAAUUUUCAUUAUUGGGUGAACUGACCCUUUAAUCUUGGUUAAUAGUGACUUAUAAAUGUUCAAAAUUAAUUCAAUGUUAAUCAUAUAUGGGGAAAUGAACAUUAACCUACAUUAAUUUGUGCUGUUAAAGUAUUGUUCAUAGCUAGUUAGUGUUUAAAAAUUGUUGAAUUGAAUGUGCAUUGGCUGUACACUGCCACUUGACUGACAAGUGACCAGUAAUAAUUCAUCUUUAUUUCUUUAAAAUAAUUAUUAUUAUUUUGUAUUGAUAAUUUUCGUUUUAGUUCAUGGUUACCAGUCUUGUGGGUGCUACAGGUUUAGUGUUACUAAGUUACUUUAAAUUCUUGAUAUUUUUCUGUUUUAAAAUGUUGUGUGACAGCUUCAUUAUAAGAUCUUGUUUUGUCACAUCGCACUACUUGCUGUGUGGUCAUGGUGUGAAAAGAAAUUGUUUAAGUCUGCUUAAGUUUGUAUUGAAUAAGAGUGACUAAACUUAAUUUAUUUCAUUUAUUCCAAAAACUGUUACACACUUGAAUAAAUGCAGUUUACCAUUUUCAAAGCAAUAAAAUGGCACGAAGCAUA